AUUGGAUAUAAAUUUUUGACAAAAUAAAAUGAGUGGAAACAACGGGCUCUUUGACUCUGAUGACGAAGACGACAUCCAGUAUAACCCUGACGAAGGUAGUGAUUAUGGGCAACCAGUCACAGCACCACCACCAGUUAGUGCGCCUCCACCUGUCACAGCACCUCCUCCAGUGUUAGCUCCACCACCAGUUUCAGCCCAUCACGUCUCAGCUCCGGCUCCAGUACCUGCAUCUCCUGCUGGCUACGAAGAAGAGAAAACACCGUCAUAUCCUCCAGUCGGAACUCCCAGUUCAGGCUUGGCUCCACCGCCUCCUCCUGCUCCAAGUCCAGCUCCAGUAAGUGGAACCACAAGCGCUCCGAUUCCGACUCCAGUGCCAGCAGCUCCAGCUGGGCUAGAAGAUGACUCGGUGUUUACAGUCACAGAUCCUGUGAACUCCGGCCACAUCAGCUACACUGUACGAGGCAGAGACGAAGACGGAGACUUCGAAGGCUCCAGAAGGUUCAACGACUUCUACCGCCUCAGAAGCUCCCUGGUCAACAGAUGGCCAGGAACCUUCAUUCCUGCGGUCCCAGCGAAGAAAGCAGUCGGAAACAAAGACGAUAGGUACAUCGAGCAUAGGAGACACUUCUUGCAAAGAUUCCUCAGGAAAGUGGGAGCUCUCCCUCAUAUUCUCAACUCAGAUGAGUUCAAGAUUUUCUCGAGACCGAGCGGAGACAUCGAGAAGAUGCUCAGCAUGCUCCCCAAGAUGACUCCCCAAGCCCUUGUCGAAAGGUACAAGACUGUCUUGUUCAUUGAUGAGUUCCCAGACGAGUUUUUGAUCAAGCAGUGUCGUGAAGUCAUCAACGAGUUCGGAGCUUUCUGAAAGAAAGUGCUUCCAACAUUGAAAGCAUUGAGAGAGACCACAGCCAAGAUGGUUCCGACCAGAGCCCAGCAGAACGCUAACUACAAAGGCCUCAUCACGAGCAUGGUCAAGUUCGAAGAAGAAGCCCUUUCACAGUACUGAGACUCGAACUACAACAGGUUCGUAGUUGGAGAUCCGAGCUGACCAGACCUCAAAGACAAGUGCGAGCAGCUUUCUGAAGAACUCAAGAACCCAUUUGGAGAGUUUCACAACUGGAUUCUCGGGGAAAUUUCAGACAUUGAAUGCUUGCAAGAGGCCAUCCACUGAAGAGACAAGUCGAUUCAGCAUAGAGCGAAGCUAGAGUCGAAGAAGAAGGCUAAUCAGAAGGAAAUAGACAGCCUCAACAAAGGCAAGAAGACCCUCAAAACUUUGUUCACAAGCAAGUCGGGAACCCAGACCAAGAUCACCACACUCUCAGCAAGCAUUUCACAGCUGGAGAAAGACAUCGAGGAGAUGGACAAGCUGGUCAAAAUGAUUGAAGUGCAUCUGGGAGAAGCAGUGAUCCCCCACUUCAAAGAGACCCAGAUGAAGCACUACUACGAAGUCUGCCAGAGGUUCGCAGUCAUGGAGAUUGAAGACAGCAAUAGAUCGGCGACUUACUGGGCCAAUUUCUUAGAAAACAGCAAUAUUAAGAUGACUUAAGCAAAGUUGAAAUAGAGCAUUUUCGAGUGGGUGGGUAUCGGUUG